AUGGCGACUACUAACACCCCAGACUUCGUCAAGGAAACCCCUACACCCUCGGCCGAACACCGCGAUGUUGUGGACGGCAAUCCGUUGGAAAAGGAGCAUGCGGCAAGCGGUCUUGGCCUGUCAGGUUACGAGACAUUGGGUCUGUGGGAGACGGUCAAGGCAUUCAAAAUGACCACUUUUGUCUGCUUCAUGAUGUGUUUCAGCGCUGCCACGGACGGUUAUCAGAUUGGGAUCAACGGGAAUAUUAUUGCGAAUCCCGGAUUCGUCAAGCAAUUCGCCACCAAGACAAACGAAGCCGGAGAACCGUAUCUCGCAGCGUCCGUGCUCAGCGCUUGGAGUGCAAUCAUGUCUGUGGGCCAGAUCAUUGGGAUGACCUCGCUCGCGUUCAUCACAGAUCGCUUCGGGAGAAAAGUUGCAAUGUACUGGUACUGGCUGGUGCUAGUCAUCAGCAUACUUCUCGAAUCCCUCGCGCGGAAAUGGCAGAUCUGGCUCGUUGCCAAACUCUUCGCUGGCAUGGGAGUGGGCUCGCUACAGUCGACUAUCCCAGCUUAUGUGACAGAGGUCGCACCUACGCGCAUCCGUGGAGGUCUUCUUAUGUGCUAUAGCUUCUGGUACUCGUUGGGAGGGUUUUUCGCCCCCGUGGCCUUACAGGUCCUCUCCCAGAGCAGCCCCGAAGACUGGUUAACCCCAGUUUAUACGCAAUGGGCCCAGAUUGGGGUUAUGAUUAUUAUCUACAUCUUUGUUCCUGAAUCGCCAGUCUGGUGUGUCAACAAGGGCAAAUACGACCAGGCGAAGAGAGUCCUCCAUCGCUUGAAUUAUGGAGUCAAGGAUUAUGACGUUGAUCAGCAGCUUCAGCUGCUCAUUCUAUCCAUUGACCAUGAGCGCACCGUGGCUGCAGAGCAGCGCUCGGAGAAGUGGUAUGCCAUCUUCAAAGGCACCGACGGCCUUAGGACAGUAAUUGCGUGUUGGACCCUCCUAGCACAGCAAUUCAUUGGCCUUACCUUGUUCGCUUCAUAUGCCUCAUACUUUUUCCAACAGGCUGGCCUCGAGGAUCCGUUCCAGGCCACAUGUAUCACAACCAGCAUCAGUCUCGCUGCAGGUAUUAGUUUGAUAUUCAUAGCUGACCGAUUCGGCCGGCGCUUGCUUUCCUGCACGGGCACCACCAUCUGCUGGGCCGCGAAUAUCGUCGUCGGGAUCCUCGGCGUCACGCCCCAGGUCAAAGCAACCAACUAUCUGUUCAUCUUAUUCGCAUGUAUAUGGAACCUCGGCCUCGUCGCCAACGGCGCAACCGGAUGGGGAUUCAUUGGCGAAAUCUCAUCCCAGCGCCUGCGGCCAUACACAGCUGGGUUCGCGGCCGCGACAUCAUGUGUCGCGGGUGUCGCUAUGAAUGUGAUCACACCGUACAUGGUCAACAACAAUGACUGGAACUGGGGGCUGAAAACCGGGUGGUUCUACGCGGGCCUCGGGCUUCCGUUUACCGUUGCGAUUUGGUUCCUUAUCCCCGAGACUGCUGGGCGUUCUACGGCUGAGUUGGAUGAGUUGUUCGAGAGGAAGAUCAAGCCGUGGCGGUUCCAUAAGACGACGACGGCUGCGCAACGGAAUGUUGCCGCUGGGGCUGCGGCUAAGAAUGAGAUUGAGGUGAGAGAUGAACCGUGA